AUGUCGACAGCUAUAACUAGGCUUCGCGAAGAUCUGUCGAGUCAAAUUGACGAGACACAAGCCGAGACUGGGGAAUGGCACGCUAAAACAAUAGUGAAACUCGAGGAAUAUCAUCAAUUAUUAUGGAUAGUCUUGCAACAGCUGGACGAAUUGAAAAAAGAAGAACAACCAGUACAAUUUACUUUAAGUGAACACGGAAGUACUCAUGUCGAACACUCUAUUCCAACGUUAUCAACAUCGAACAAUCCUUUCCAAACAGGACGUGUUAAUGAGUAUGUAGCUCACGCCUCGAACACCCCAGUCAUGCCGUUAAUGCCUCACGCAAUCGUGAUACCACCAACAUCGGCAAUGCCGACUUUCGCUGGCAAACAUUCCGAACGCCCAAAACAAUUUCUAGUUCGAGUGCAAGAAUACGCUGAAACGGUCCACGGUUGA